AUGUCACGCACUUUCACUAUUGAACCUGCCCACUCAGACCAUGAUCUUCAAGCUACGGUUGAGCUGAUAUACGAAUACGUGAAGUGGCUUGACCUUGACAUUUCGUUUCAGAACUUCGAUGCCGAGAUAGCUGAAAUGCCUGGUUGUGUGGCAUUGCGGCCUCUGGGCCCUCAGAUCUGUGAGGUGAAGCGACUCUGGGUCCGUAAUGCUGCCAAAGGGCUUGGUGUUGGCAAGGCGUUGGUGGCAGCUGCUAUCAAAGUUGGCAAGCAACUGGGCUACCAGAAGAUUCGGCUCGAUACUCUUUCCAAGAUGGCUGCUGCACUAGGCUUAUAUCAAUCCUUCGGAUUCGUCGAAAUUGAGCCGUACUACCAGACACCACUCCCAAACACACAUUUCCUAGAGCUUGAUCUUACUCGAUGUUCGGUUGGAAGCACCGACGCUUAG